AUGGAUUACUUUAUUGCGAUAGCAUGCCUGCUAGCUCUAACGACGUCAACAACAGCUGACGGCUCAUUAGCUGAACUCGUAUACGCGCCUGGACAUGCUUCUGUGGACUAUUACGCCUACCCUCGAUACGCCUUUGAGUAUGCCGUACGAGACCCCCACACUGGUGAUAAUAAAGCACAAUGGGAGAAACGUGAUGGCGAUGUAGUAAUAGGGGCUUAUUCUCUUGUGGAACCCGACGGUAGUGUGCGUGUUGUGGAGUAUCGCGCCGAUGACAAGAGCGGUUUUAACGCUGUGGUUAAGAGAAUCGGACCCAAUGUUCACCCAGCGACGCCAAUAUACAAAGCACCAUUACCAAUCAUUGGAUAUAAAUCAGAGCUGCCACUUUCAAUCGGACCUGUGACAGGACUUUUAAAUCUAGGCGAUGCUCCACUAUUAAACAAGUACAGUGGGAGUGCGACUUCGUCCGCCAAUGUUUACAAAACUGCUGGACCAGCUGUAGUUAAAGCAGUGGCACCGCUCGGAAAAAUUAUCCCUGCUCCUAUCUAUAGUUCAGAAAUUUUAUCCGAACCCAUCUAUAAAGAGCCGAUAAUUCAAAGACCCAUAUAUAAAGACCCAAUUAUUCCAUAUCCCCUAUAUAAGGAACCAAUAAUAUCAGCACCCAUCUAUAAAGAUCAGAUUAUCCCGGAAUCCAUCUACAAGCUACCUUUCCUCCAAGAAUCUAUAUACAAAUCACCCAUCCUUCCAUCUCCACUAAUAAAAUCUGAACCUAUAUACUCUCCAGUUCUUAGAAAUCUGGAAAAUGUUCCCUAUGAUAACAACGAUUAUGCUCUGCUAGUCAGCGGAAAACCAUAUAAUGCAAUUGAAGAUGAUGAUCACCCCCGUUAUGUUUUCAAUUACGCUGUUAAAGAUCCAGUGAGUAAAGAUAAUAAAGCACAAUGGGAAGUUAGAGACGGCGAUCAAGUUAAAGGAGCAUAUUCAUUGACCGAGCCAGAUGGUAGCAUACGAGUUGUAGACUAUACUGCUAAUGAUUUGAAUGGAUUCAAUGCUGUUGUCAGUAAAAUUGGACAUAGUUUACAUCCAACUCCAAUACAAGAACCUGUACCUUUAGAUAUUCCGCAAAUAAAUGACAUAGUACCAUUAUAUAUAAACUAUGGUCUUGGUGCUAUUAAUUUGCCAGAGGAGGUACCUAAUGUUAAUUUAGGUGGAACAAGCCUCCCUUGGGAUUCUGCUACCGGUUCUUACGGUGGCUGGGUCCCUCUCGAUAACGGACCCUACGCUACGAUUGUAUCCUGCCUGAUAGCCGCUGCGGUCGCUAAUCAGCCCAGUAUAUUAUCAUACGAUGUAUUAGAAGGGACCUCGCAAAAAAAUUAUGAUUUCGAUUACUCGGUGAAUGAUCCAUCGACCGGUGAUAACAAAGCGCAGUGGGAGGUUCGCGAAGGUGAUGUGGUAAGAGGAGCGUACUCCUUAGUAGAGCCCGGGGGCAGCAUCAGGAUUGUUGAGUACACUGCUGACCCCAUCCGCGGCUUCAACGCAAAGUUGAGGAGAAUAGGAGCGAAAGCACAUCCACCCACUGUUAGGGUUGCUGCCGCUCCAGUAGCAGUCGCAGAGGUAGCGGAAGUAGCUCAAGUGGCGCCAGUAGCAAUUGCAAAACAGGAGGUCAUUGAACCGGUGGUCCCCAUCCAAUCUUACUCUCCCAUCUACGAGCAAAUUGCCCUACCACAGCCUAUUUACGAACCAAUUCUGAACUACGGCCCUGUAAUCGCUCCGAUUGAACCAGAGCCAGCAUAUUUGAAAUACCUAAACUCUUUUUCGAACCCAGGAAUAACAAUAAGCGGUAAAAGUUACGGCCACAAUGGAAAUAUUGCCCGGAGGUGGGCAAUUGGUCCCAUAAAUCAUGGUGAGAAAGUGACCAUCAAAACAAGAAACUGA